CAUAUUCAUCUUGAAAAUAGCGAAUCCGUACAUAGUUCAACUGACAAAGAUGAUAAUGAUAUUGUUGAUUGUAAUGUAUCAAGAACUGAUCGCUACUCCAGUCGUCAAACAUCCUAUGGAAUAAUAUUAACUAUGUAUAACUGUGGUAUCAUUAUAAAAUUCGAUGAAUUAUAUAGAUCUCAAUCACCAAUACAAGUACUCCAUCAUCUAUUUACUACAAUCGAUUGCCUUUCACCAGUAGUAUCAUUACCAAAAUAUUUAAUUUAUGAUAAUGCCGGUGGUUUAUUACUGACAUUUCGAAAUCGACUUCAAAAUGAGAUACCAUCUAGAGCAACUGCACAACAUGUAACACCUCUUUCAACAACAAAUAACGAAACUAUCACAAUUGCUAAUGGAGAUGUUAAUCUUUCAUGUAUCUAUUUUAAAGAAGAAGAAGAAGAAUAUACACCACCUGAUUGA